AUGAAGAUUCCUGCUCUCCUCAGCGUCGUCGCCCUUUUCGGUCAUGCCAGUGCCUUCUCCGGCCAGUUAAACGCUAAUACCCCAAUCAUUGACGGGCACGGCAAUCUUCUCCAAACCGUCUAUGUCACCGAUUACAAGUCCGGUGCUUUGUACUAUGCCCCCCUCACUGGUGGCUGGGAUGCUUGUACGACAACCGAAUGCGAGGUCGGGUAA